AUCGCACUGUACUUCCAUAGCUUGCAAAUCGCCUUAACUACCUACCAGAGGGCACCGUGACUUCCUCAGAGAGUUGAGCCAUUGCGGUUGAAGGUGUUGCUUUUUGCCGUCAGAUUUUUUCAAAAGAACAAUAUUUGGACAGAGAAACAGCAUCUUUUGUCGCUGGCUAAAUCGGUAUUCCGAGACUUGUAGGGAAAAAGCCCUUGUAGCCCAACUUCUCGCCUUUGCUAUGGCUCAGCGCCUCAACAAGCCGCUUUCAGCUGGCUGCACCUUUCGGGGAGCACAUAGUCCUGUGCACUCUGUACUAGGGCAUCGGUCCAGGUCCCGAAGCGGAGCACGGGCGUUGACGACGACUCAGGCACAUCUAGGGGCAAGUCCUAGGCCCGGAACUGGAUGCAGUAGUCGCUAUGGACGAGUAAUUUGCCAAGCUUACGAUCAAGGCAGUCUUGGCUCCUCCAAGGACGUUCCGGACGGCUACGUUGAAGUGAAAGUGGAGUCCGUCCGGAUGAACACGACUAACGCGGCGGUGGUAUACCUACGCAUCCUGGAUGGCCGCGAGCGCUGCCUCCCUGUACACAUUGGUGAGAAUGAGAGCAACGCACUGUUGAAGGAGAUCAACAGGCAGCGACAGCUGCGACCUUUGACGCACGACCUCAUGAAAAACCUCCUCAGGGAGAUCAAGUACCGUGUUAUCAAGAUCCGCAUCACCGACAUCGUCUCCAACACCUACUACGCGCGCAUCCACAUGGCUCAAGUCGACGACGUCACAGGGAAGGUUGAGCCGGGCAGCGAGGUGGACGUGGACGCGCGCCCCAGCGACGCCAUCAAUCUGGCGGUGCGCUUCGGCUCCCCCAUGUACGUCUCCCGACACAUCGCUGACACGGCCGGCGUUGUGUGCCCGGACCAGCCUAGCAGCGAGUCCUCUGGUGACAUCGUGCGCUCGGUGCGCGAGACGCUAGCGAACUUUGAGGACCCCACGGUCAUGUACACCCUUCAGAAGGACCUGGCGGUGAAGGAGGAGCGCUUCCGGGACGCUGCGGAGCUGCAGCAGCGCAUCUUCUACGAGAUGACGCACAACCAGAUGUUGCGCCUGGUGGUGGCCAUGGAGUCGGCGCUCAGCGACGGGCGAUACGAGGAGGCGGCGAGGCUGCGAGACGAGUUCCGCCGCUUGGCGGCCAACAACGCGCCGUCGGAGCAGCGUCGCACGUGAGGGUGGGUUGGUGUGAGAUGUGGCUGUGGGAAAUGAGGAUCUGCAGGACUCCGAUGGGGGGUUGGAUAGGAAGUGAGGGCGAAGAGUUGCUGGGGUGCCUGCGAAUUUGUGGGUGUUAGUCUCUUCCGCCGGCGCAUGGACGGGUGUUGUGAGGGAGUGGGGCACCUAAUGAGUGGAGCUUUGGGGUUGUUCGCAGGAAGCUUUCAUUGCAGGGUGUGGUUUGCGUGACGAUUGCUCAAGCUUGAAGAGGUCUGUGUCAUUAAAAUGCCAUGUUAAAGAGAAGCUCAGGGGGUUGAGUUGCCAGCCAGACAAAGUUGCUAGAUAGUGUCACAGAGCCGCCCGAAGCGUUCGGUGCGAACAUACAUACAUGUGCUAAUAGCAGCAGCCGCGGGGUCGGCACGUGUAUUUUAUGUCAUGUUUUAGCAUUGCAUUUCGAGACAGCGUGGUUGUUGUCGUGUGUGCUCGCGCUGGCACACUGCGAGCCGCAAACGCAAAUUUUGAUACGUGCUGACGUCCUAGGCGGGGCAUGCCGGCAAGCGUGACAGUGCUUUGCCGUUGAAGACCUUUGGAUGCAUGGGGGGGGGGUUUCCCACUACUAAAAUUGUCCUAGCAUCUCUGUACCAUGUUUGCGCACCUUGUCCUUUGUGCGCAUGUAGUGAGGAUGCGGGCUGUAGUAAACAGUUGGAUGACUAAUGCAUGUCCAGGGGGGCUUGUGUGUCGCCGCCCAGCUUCUUGUGCCCCACGAGCUGCAUGGCGGAAUAUAUAAAGACAUGCCGCAUCUGGGUUUUAUCUGUUGUACACUAUGUUGUAACCAUUCACCUGUCACUGGUCAUCGUAUAC